UUGAUCCGAACAUGGCGCCCUUGACAGUUUGCAGAAUAAGAGCUGCAGCAACACCAUGGCGGUCAGCACUUCAGUUCUUGUUCUGUACUGUUGUUUUGACUGCCUGCCUGACUUCACAGACGGUACUUGCCAAGAAGAACCAUCUCCGAGUUAUCACUGAUGGUAACUGGGAGGAAAUCCUACAGGGAGAAUGGAUGAUAGAGUUCUUUGCCCCAUGGUGUCCAGCCUGCCAGCAGUUGCAACCCGUAUGGAACGAGUUUGCGGAAUGGGGGGAGGACAUGGGGGUGAACAUCGCCAAAGUGGAUGUUACAGAACAGCCGGGUUUGAGUGGCCGAUUUAUCAUCACAGCUCUUCCAACAAUCUACCACUGUAAAGAUGGUGUGUUCCGGAGGUACCAAGGAGCACGGACUAAGGAUGACUUCCUGAGUUUCAUUGAUGAGAAGAAGUGGCAGGACAUUGAACCUGUGUCAUCCUGGUUUGGGCCAUCCUCCUUCCUAAUGAACACCAUGUCGGCCCUCUUCAAGCUCUCCAUGUUUAUACGGCACUGCCACAACUACCUCACUGAGCAGAUGGGUAUCCCAGUGUGGGGGUCGUACGCCAUCUUCGCCCUGGCCACACUUUUCUCUGGCCUGGCCUUAGGACUGGUCCUGGUGUUUAUUGCAGACUGCGUCUUUCCAUCCAGAAGAUUUGCCUCACCAAACUACUACCAUAAGAAACAUACCCCGGAGCAGGUCCGGCUCAUGAAGCAGCUGGAGGAUGAACACGAGGCAGACGCGGAAGAUGAUGAGGAAGAAGAGGAAGAGGAGAGAGAGCGAGAGGAGAUGUGGGCGAGAGGGGUGCCAGAGGGGCGACUGGAGCAGAGGAUGGAUGACUACCCGGAGGAACCGGUGCGAAGGAGGGUUGUAGGUACAUGCGAGGAGGAGGAAGACACCUAGGGGCGGGGAGGGGAACUGCAGGUGCGUCACAACAGCGUGGACAAGCGGAGGAGCCUGGAACUGCAGCAGAGUUGACAACGCGGAGAUGACGUGGCUGGCUGGCCAUGCUUUCUGUCUUCUCUCUCAACCCCAGAAGGAGCGUGCCAGACUCCAUUUAGAAUCUCAUUCUCAUGACUGCACACUCUCUCUUAGGAGAAGACAGCUGUAUUCAUAAUGAAAGUUUGCUUUUUUUUCCUGGGGAGGGGUUUGCAUUUAGUAAUGAUGUGCAGUAGAAUUUUGCAAUUCUUUGUAUGAUUCUUUUAUUAUAUCUCCUUUAUAUUAAUCCUUGAUCACUGACUAGGGGCAGCUUGUGUUGAGGCGUCCUCCAAAAAAAAGGAUUUUUGUGGCUCGUUUGUGUUCUGGCUUUUUUAUGUAUUUAUAUUUUUUCUCAUUUUUUUCUUUCUUUCUACUGUCACUUAGAAAUCCCAUUAUUCUUGCAUCAAUGGGCUGGACCUUCAGACACAUCACACUCAGUUACUCUGUCUUUUUCCACUGCUUUGUUGCUGCUGCUUCUGGUGCCACCCAUACACCCAUAGAAGUGGUUACUACCCCUGCAAGUCCGAUUGAGAGUAAUGAGAGAAAUUACCUGUUGGCCUACAGUGCCGGGGGGU